AACCUAAAUUCACUAUAUGAAAACAAAAUAAAAGAACGAAUAAAAUGGGAGGAGCGAAGGAUUCUCAAUCUUCCGGCUUGAGUACAAUAAACAGCAAGCAUACUUUAUCCACUCGAGCAAGGAUCAGCAUCAGAGAUAAAAUUUUGGCUACCGGUGGCAUGAGAAAACAGCCGCGUGUGAGCACGAGAGGCAGUACACCAAGUACUUGUCCAAACAGCGAACCAUGCAGUUCCCAAACAAGUAGCACUUUGACCAUUACCGACAACAGCGAGACAAUUUUGAGCAAAAAGAUAUCUUCUUCUGGUACUGAGAAGGAUAUUUCGUCUUGUUGUGGCGCAAAUAGAAAGGGUUGUAGCGCGCCUUUGGAAAAGCAGCCUCCUACUACGACACAAAGGGCAAUAAAAACCAUGACAAAAUGCGCAAAACUCGCAUACCGCAAAGUGCCCAGCAUUUGCACGCAACUUGGAGGGGCUUCUAGUACUAAGGAUUCAGCGCAGCCUUCCAAGCAUGUGUUGGAAUGUAUGAACUGUCAAUCAAUAUCGCCAAUCGACGAUAUUAAGGUUCACCGACGGAUUCGAAAAGAUAAACUUCGUGAAAUGAAAAAAAGAAGAGAAAGGAGAAUUGGGGCGUCAAAUGCGAACCGUAGAGGCAGCGAUAGCUCUAUCUCGAGCCCGGUUUCAAGUGUUGUGUCAGCGGGACAAGAGAUAAGUGCAGCGAUUGCAGCCACGCGAAAGAAGAAGAAGUAUAAAGGUAUUGAGCAAUCCUCCGCCUCUUCCUUGAGCGGAGACAAAUUAGUGGAGGUAUGGAAAAAAAGCAGAAAAAGACGAAAGCGAAAGAAAAAGAAAAAGAACAAGGUAGAUAAGAGAUCAAAAAAGAGAAAGAAAUCCUCCUGUCAAGAAGAACAGCGCAGAAAGAGGCAGUGCUGCCGAAACCUUGCUCGUCGUAUUAAACGCAAAGAUAAAAAGUUUUAUUGCUUGUGGUAGAUGGUCAUCACUGUACAUAUCGUCAAUAGCAAUAUAAUAUGCGCGAAAAUCAAACCGGAUACACUUGUAAGGUGAUUGAAAACUUAAAAUAUGAAUCCACACUUCAUACAGGAAUAUAUAUAGUAGGGUGGGGGAAGA